AUGCCUCGUGCUUCCCGCUCUGCUUCCGUCGCUGCCACUGCUGCUGCUGCAGUACCGGGUCCGGCGGUCGCGCCGGCUGCUUCGCCCGCUUCCAGCAAGCCGAGUCGCCCCCACAAGUGGCUUCCCGGCGAGCAGGUCGUCGUCUGCGACCUGUGUGGCCAGCAUGGCGAGCGCGACCCAACGGAGAUGAGCCGCCACUACAACAAGCACAUGUACGUAAACUACUUCAGAGGCCUCCUCAACUACGCCAUCAACAAGUCCCUCGAAGCCACCCACAAGGGCGUCAACCUCUACGGCGACAAAAUCUGGCGCGUCUCGCGCGACCAAGCUGUUGUGCUGCUCGGGGAGGCCGCUGUCACCAAGCUGUUCAGCAAGCAGGGAGCCAGCUACACGGUCAUGGGAGACGGAGAGCGUAUGCGCGGGCGCGUGCCGGGUGCGGGGGAGUGGGUGGCGUUGGUUGCGUUGAGCCAGGAUGAGGGCAAGCGGGUCAAGGGAAGAACUGGGAAGGCGAAGGAGAAGAAGGUGCAGGAGGGAAGGGUGGGCAAGGGGAACGGGGUUGCGAAGAAGACCAGCGGCUUCAACCAUGGGCCUGGAGAAGGGGCGACGAGGCCGGGAAGUGGACGGCUGGCGGCGUGGGGCAUUUUUGGAGCGUGGAUGUAG